AUGUUCGAACAGGUGACGUCUCUGCUUGGAAGCAUGCGGCUACAAACAACCAUCCUGAGGUCGUCAGGAAGCUUCUUCAUGCCGGUGCAGAUCUCUACGACCCAUGUGGCACGAGUCAGAGCUCAACAUCUGUCCUCAGCCCAACCAUCCCCUCAUUAUCGCAACGAUCCACGACCACCCCGAGGUGCUGGAGACGCUAUUGGACCAAGAAACAGGAGGAGGGAUGAUCCACAGAAUGAGUGGAGCUAUUUACGCAGUCAUGCUGCGGUACGCCAUCUGGAACAACGCGGUGGGAGUGGUCCGCAUGCUACUGUUUGGCAAGAUGAGGGAUCUGUACAACAAGCGCGAGCCGAGAUUCAUCUUCCCCCUCGCGAUCGCUGCAAUCGGGGGCCACGCAGAAAUUGUUGCGAUGCUCCUCCAAGAGCCCACCGAGCGCGUCAAGUCGGGUCUCCUCUUUCCGACUGUCCAGCACCGCGAGAUCACCGCCGCCCUCUUCGACGCCAUACGCAGCACGGACCCGGACGCCACCGCCGCACUGUUGCUGCGGGCCGGCGCGGACGUCAACGCCCCGAACAGCUGCAAUUGAUGCGGGCGGCGCGGAAUCAGCACCCCGGCGCGCUGCAGCUGCUGCUCGAGGCGGGGACCGAUCCCAACCACACACAAAGCGCUAGUGAGGGCCCGCUGGCCAGCGCGGUGGACUCUCUCGGCUGCCGAUUCCAUGACCCGCGGCAUCCGAUGGGCUAUGCCCCUUUCUUGUGUACCCUCGAUCAUACACGCGUUGAGCUCGCCGCCGAGCAGAUCCUACCGCGCAUCCCGCGCACCCUCUGUCUGUUGUUCCGGCACGGGGCGGACCCGCGGCGCGCGGGCGGCGCGGCUGUGCUGCUGCGGGCCGUUACUGCGGAGUCUUGGCUGACGGCGCGGUUUAUUACUGCCAAGGGGGCGCGCAUUAUCAUCAAAAAUGACGAUUUCGAACCCGAGGCUCAGGCAGCGCUGGGUUGCGCGGCCGGGGAUUACGAUUUUGAGAGCGUCGUGGCUAUUCUUGAGGUGGAAGGGUUGAAGAUUUAA